GUCAGUUCAAAGUGGAUUAAGCUUUCUCCAAUGUGAUUCUGCAUUCUGUGACGACCGUAAUUCAUAACUGGAGCAUUAAUAACUCAUAAAUUGAUUAGCAUAUUUUACUCGAGAGCGCAAAUCUUGCAGGAAACUAUUUCACAUAAUGACGAUGUGUGUAAUGCGUGCCAUUAACUUGCAUACGGUAUGUGCGCCCAUUAUGAAAGAUUUUGCAUUUGUCAAAAUCCUUUAAUGCAUCACUUUCUCUGAUGAAUGAACGAAUACGAAUGAUAUAUCGUCAGCCGGCCGCAUACCAGUCCGAGACAAGAGGAUUAGCCGCAUAAUUGCCCGGGAUCAUCCUGUGAAUUCCCUGGGAUCGUACAGACUGCGCGCACCCCGCUGGUAUUAUGCUCAUUAAUGACCGGCAUACGGAGCAUAUAGCGUCUUAUGUAUUUUGCCGCUAACUUGUUUGCUGGCUGCGUAUCCCACAGGAGCUGACCUACGAUUUGCUGCACUUCUCCUUUGCUCUCGCUGGAUUUGCCGGUAUUGUAUUCCCGUGCAACAGCACGCUGCCAAUUGUAUGUGAGUUAGGCCCGAUCACGUUGUUUUUUUAGUCAAAACUCUUAUCGAAAAGUAGUACUGUAUUAAUGGUCAGAAGAGUACCUCAACCUUCAUACUUCCACGAUUUUGUCAGUACAUUUUAACAACAUUGACUAGUGAUUUUGUCAGUGCAAUGGGGGCUUUCGAGGCUGGCCAAGUACUGUUGAUGUGCGGGUUCGAUCAUUCGAUUACUAUUACAGAUUUCAAGGUUGUAACGUUGUAGCGACAGCGUCUCGGUUAGAGAACUUAAUGCGCCCGCAUUUCGGCUUUAAGCGGCCUGUAUAUUAUUCCGAUUAGCACUAAUGCGCAUUAACGUCGCUGGCGGUGUAAAGUACCAGUCGCUCGAGAAAUCUUUUGGUCUCAUCCACCCGGCUUCUUCUUACAGGAUGAUUGUAGUUUAAAGUAGUAUUCAAGUGGACAACAACUAUCGCAUUCUGACUUGACUAAUCUUCGUCUAUCGGGAAAGCGGUCGGAUAACUGAUGGGAGAAACGAAUAAGUUGUGACCAGGCUGCAACACUAAGAUUUUCAUCGGAGUGGAUUGUGCUGUGCUGCUGCUGUUGUUGGUGUGUGUGGGGCCAGUGAUCUGACAGGCCAAAGAACAUUUAUUGGAUAACAUGCCGGGAAAACUGGAAUGCUGAUGCCCAUCCAUUUCCAUCCAUUGCUGGCGGGCUAUUCAAGUGGUUAAGUGGCGUACGUACCGGAAAGAAGUAACUGUACCGGGCCGGGACGUCUGCGUGUUGUGUGAGCCAGUGAGCAGAGCGGGUAUACACAGUGUUGACUGUGUUAAGGGUUAAUAUAUACAGUACCGCGACAAGGAAACACAAGAGAGCCCUAUCGCCAAUAUGAACUAUAAGCCGACAGCCGCCGAGGAAAAUCAUUUGUUAGGCACCGAGCUACUGCUGGCCAAAUUUCUCCAUUCGCGUCUGUGGGAAAGCUGGAAUGGCACAAGUAGUCCUGCCGAGUUGUGGGAUUCCGAAGAGAUGAUGAUGCUGAUCAAUCAGACCAUCCUCGGUCCCGGUUUGGCCGGCUAUGGUGAUACAGGAACAGCUUCCGGUAGUGCUGUUACAGAUGGUCUAUUAAUUUAUGACACCAACACCGCCAAUGGGACUAACGGCUCCACGGGGCCAUUACCGUUUUAUGGGGAUUUUUUCUGGUCAUUACACGGAGCCUACGUUCGCAUUCACGGCUACCUGGCGCUGAUUAUCAGUGUCUUUGGCAUUCUCUCCAAUCUCAUCAAUAUCGCCGUAUUGACGCGCCGGUCCAUGAUUACUCCCACCAACGCCAUUUUGACAGCACUGGCCAUUGUGGAUGUAUUGGUGAUGAUGACCUAUGUGCCGUUUGCCAUACACCAGUACAUAUUGAAAUUAUCAUUACCCAUCGCCGAAUGGAGGAGUUAUUCAUGGAUGGCGUUUACCUUCUUUAAUAUACACUUUACUAUCGUGUGCCAUACGAUAUCCGUAUGGCUAACAAUUACACUGGCGGUGUUCCGGUACUUUGCUGUUACCUUCCCUAAUAAGGUGGCAACUUAUUGCUCAAUGGAACGGGCUCUGAUGGCGAUAGCGGCUGCCUGGAUAUGCACCGCCAUAAUGUGCACGCCUUCAUAUCUGAGUGUACAAGUUGGGGUCGUUGAGGAUACUGAGCUAUUAGAGCACAUGUACCAGACCGGUUAUAAUGUAACGAUGUACCGCAUUGACGAAUCGGAUCUUUCAUUAAAAAAUGGCCACAUUCCGAGGAUUAUCUCAUUUUACGCAUUUUCCGUUCUGGCCAAACUAGUACCAUGUUUCGUCCUGACCUACCUCAGCAUUCGCUUGGUCCAAGCAUUGAUCCAAGCCGAACAACGUCGCUUUCAACUGAAAAACCCCAACGGAGUACAGCAGCCCCGGCGUCCCACGAUCCCCUCGGCUCCGUCAUCGGCCAAUGGACCAAAUUGCGUGGCCAACCCCACGGAGACGACACGUUUUUUAGCCCCGCCCCCAGCGAAACCUGUUGUCCAGCAUGGUCCUCAGGGAGGCGGCCGGCCAGCUGGCCGAGAUCGUACAACGCGAAUGUUAUUAGCAAUAUUGGUGUUCUUCCUAAUAACCGAAUUUCCUUCGGGAUUAGUGGCGCUGCUUAGCUGUUUUUCCGUGGACUUUUUCGGCAACGUCUACGUACCACUUGGCGAUCUAAUGGAUAUUCUGGCAUUGAUAAAUAGUUCCGUCAAUUUUAUCCUGUACUGUUCCAUGAGCCGGCAGUUCCGCAAGACAUUCUGUCAUAUGUUUGUGCCUAAGGUCAUUACACAGCGCUGGAAGAAAUGGAAGGCACAGCGCGGCGGUGUUAACCGGUUGGAAAGUACGGGUUAUACAAUGACAGAGAGAACUUUUACAUACUUUCCCGUGACCAAAUCGGAUGAACGAAGGGGAUCCUUUGCCACGGUUAUCGAAUCCGAUAUGGGACGGUUAUAAAAAUUUUGUACAUUCUUCAGCGUGGACCAAUCCUGCUAACAAAUGCGCUUCAAAGAAAAUGGACGCACUGAAAAAUUGCGAAAGUCACUAUUUACUCCCAUCGAGCAAUUGUUCAUCCGCCAACACUUACAAAGCAAUACAGCCGCGGUUCUGGAUAAAGUUACUUUCAUGGCGCCAGUCUAUAGCUUCUAGUGUCGCUUCCGCUUUUUUGUCAAAUUUCAAAUUGUUCAAUGCCUUGCAGGCAUUACACGCUACUUGUUGGUUUAAUAUUGUGAUCAAAAUUGUAUAUGAAAUCUCCCGUGUGACCUCUUCAAGUCUCACUCGGGUGUUUUGUUGCAAAUGUUAGGAGACGAUAUAUAUAUAUAACGACGAAUUAGCUGUGUAUAAAUUAUGAGUGUUAAUAUUGCUCGCGAUCAAAAGAAUGCAUUAUCCAUGUUCUGGGAUGUGGCCGGCAUAUGCUGUGGUUCACAUCUUUGUGAGCAGACAGACGGAGAUUAAAUAAACU